AUGACUCACGAUACUUCCACUAGUAAAGCUCUCGAUGAUUAUGAUUUAUUGGGACGUAGUGGAUUAAGAGUUCCUCAAUAUACUUUUGGAGAACAAUGGGGAUAUGGUAGUAAUAAAGAGGAAAUGAAAAAAGUUUUAUAUGUUGCUAUAAGCAACACUCCAUCUUGGGAACUCGCUCGAGCUAAUGCUAUUGCAGAAUUACGUGGAUGGAGGUAG